UAAUUAAUUUCUUCUCAAAUUUUCAUCUCAUUAAAAAUGCCUACCUCGUGCGAAAUGAACUUCACUUGGAAAAUUAAAUUUAGCCUUCGCCGUUUUUACGACUCGACAAUAAUAACCCGGUAGGCCUUUUUUUUUUUUUUUUACGGACAUCUUGUAUUAUAGGCAAAACUUUGCGUUCAACCAUUUACUCAACGCUGAAUUAAUAUCUUCGUUUUAAUGAUCUAAUACACUUUAUUUUAUAAAUAUACUUUUUCUCCCCACUUCACGCGACAGUACAGAAGGAAGAACCAACGAACUGCACACCCACAUGUUUACCUAUGCUUAAUACAGACCGUUUAUAUUAUUAAGAACAGCUCAGUUAAUUUUUAUUGGCUUUUAGCGGCUGUUCGUCGUGUAUUCGUAUUUUUCUUCGUAUUUUCCGGUCUCGAAAUAACUUCUUUUUUUUUGUUUCGUUGUUUUUCGAAUACGUUUUAUUAUUUAUACAAAAGUGAAAAAAAGUUUUCUAGUUACCCGCGGAGUUUUUGUCAUUUUUAUUUUAAUUUCGGUGGUUUGUACUGUAUGUUUUUUUGUUGCUUAACUUUUUAUUUUUCUUAGUGGUUUUUUUUUUUCCGUCGUCGUCGUCGUCGUCCUACGUUAGCUUUUUUUUCUUGGUUAUUUUAUUUUUUUCAUUUUCGAUUACGUUGUUUACCGCAGUAGGUAGUGAAAUAAUUUCCGGUGAAUUUCGGCGGCAAAAGUGUGGUGAAAUGUGUUUUCGGCAGAUUUAAUCGGUCAUGUUUCAAACAUCCGCGACAACAAGUGUUACGACGAUGACGUCCGACCAAAAUAAAAGCAAAUCUAUGCAAAUUCCGUUUCAUAAUAAUGUCCUUUAAAUGCCAGCUACUUAUUUUGUAUGGAAUUUGGAUUAUAUGGUGCGCAAGCGCCGCAGCAGAAGAAGCACAGAAAAGAGUUUUCCCCACGGUGAUUUGGAGCGAACUAGGUGGAGAUGCUGUACUGCCAUGUGACGUAUCAAUUCCAGCCGAUGACAAAAUAAAUAUGAUUUUAUGGUUCAAAGAUAACGCUGGUAUACCAAUUUACAGUUACGACGCUAGGGGAGUCGAUGUGUCCAGAGGUAUUCAUAUGGCUGUCAGCGAUCUAGAAAGGAGGUGUUUAUUUAGGUUAUCUCAUGAUACCGGAGGCACCUUGAAAUUAUUCAAUAUUACAGGAAAGGACAGAGGACAGUAUAAAUGCAGAGUGGAUUUCCUCAAUUCGCCUACUCAACAGCAUCGGCUGGCAUUGGAUUUGAUAGAGUUACCCUCCAGUUUGACUAUAAUAGAAUCUGAAAAUGAAUUAAUGUCUAAUGCCGGACCGUAUCUAGAAGAUGAUGAGUUACAUUUGGCUUGUAUCGUAGAAGGAGGUAAACCACCGCCUAAAAUAUUAUGGCGAAUACACGACGAACAAAUACACGGAACAGCCAAAGAAACCGAAUCAAAAGUCAUUAGUUACCUGACGGUGCGCAAAAUACCACGAAAUUAUAACCAAAAAUUGCUCACGUGCGAAGCAAACAUACCAGGACUUUCGAAACCGUACAAGAAAUCCGUCCUAUUGGAUGUAUAUGUUAAACCAUUAGCUGUUUUAAUGUUGAACGGUAAUAAUAUCUUGAAAGAUGGCGAAUCGUUUUCAUUUCUGUGCGAAUGUUUCGGAUCCAAUCCUCUGGCCAGUAUUUCGUGGUUAUUAGACGGAGAACCUAUUAGAUCAGCGGCCAUUACGUUGAUGCAUACCAAGAAUAAGACAACGAGUAAAUUGACAAUCAGAGCAGAAUCAUCAUUCAACGAUAAGGAUCUUUUUUGCCGAUGCGAAAACGAAAAAUUUCCAGAAUAUUAUUUAGAAGAUAAAAAAAUUCUACAAGUGCACUAUCGACCAAUUACGAGUAUCAUUCUACGUUCAGCACACAAUUUUAAUAAAGUAAAAGAAGGCGAUAACGUGACCCUAGAAUGCAUAGUAAAUGCAAAUCCAGCAGUUACCUCAAUCACAUGGUAUCAUAAUGGUAGAAUACUCGAGAAGGAAACAAACCAUACGAUAUAUUACUUGAAGAAUAUAUCGUUACUUGCGCAAGGCGAAUACUCGUGCGAGGCAACAAACAAAGAAGGCCGUUCAAAAAGCCAAUCUUUAAUGGUUAACGUGCUACGUUUUCCUGGAGAACUUGGUUACAUCGAAUUCAAAGGAUCGAAAAGAGAACCUGGUGAAGUGGGUGCGCUUGGAAUCACAGGAAAUGAAGGACUUCGUAUAUGGCGCCAAUAUGUACCAUUUUGUCAAGAAGGAACGGAAAACCAGCACAUAAUGGCCGCCAUCCACGAACUGGUAAUACUGCAAUGCGAAGUCGAACCAGGUCUAAUGAAUCAACACGUACAAUUCUUCUGGACGAUAAACAACACGAUGAAAAUAUCCAACACUCUGGACGACGAUAUCCAAUCAUCCGGUAAAAUCAGUAUCCUGAAAUACACACCUCUGUCGGAAUCAGAUUUCGGUACAUUGGCAUGUUGGGCUCAGAAUGACAUCGGCACGCAGAAAAAACCGUGUCAUUUUCAUCUCACUUUAGCCAACAAACCGGAGAGACCACGUAACUGCGUCGCCAACAACACAAACGAAUUUCUACAAAUAUCCUGCGAGCCGGGUUUCGAUGGUGGUCUCAAGCAAUACUUCGUUUUAGAAAUCCGAACCGCCAAUUACACCGCGGUACGCGAAGACAUACUAACCGGCCAGACAUUCGAUCAAUUAAGCGACGAGGCAGUACCGAUUCAAAAUAAAAUCGGCAAACCGCUGUACAAACUUCAAAAGGAAAGUCCGGUUUUCGAUAUUUUCAGCCUGGAAAAUGGAAUGCCGUAUAUACUCACGUUGUAUGCCGUCAAUCUGAAAGGAAGAAGUGAGGCGGUUGUGCUGGUGCAAGGGUUGAAGUCUUCUAAACCAUCCAAUACUGCUGGCGUUUCGUCGGAGAGCGCAGCAGUCCACGACAUCAUAUCGUUACCAUCCAUAUACGUCACCCUUAUUUCAUCGGCUCUGUUAAUCAUCAGCUUAAUCAUACUAACAGCAAUCAUACUAGCUUGUCGGAAUCGAUCGACGGCAGCUCGACGCCGCGAAAAUGUCAACAACGAAUUAAAUAAUUUUCGAAUCGUUUACUCUGACGUUGAAAAUAAACGAGGUUCCGAUUACGAGCCGGAAUUUUGAACCAGACGAAUAAUACGUAGCUUUACAACUUGACUAAUCGAGCGAUAAAGGCGGAAUUUCGUCUCGAAAUUGUAAAUUCUCUGCUCACAUACCAAAGUUAGAUCAUCUUCCAUGCACCUACCAAAAGAAUGACUUACCGUCAACGUAUUGUAGGUAUGCUGGGAUGAUAUACUGACACAGUUGCAUAGCACGUUCUCAAAUACGAGUAUAUCAUCAUAAUAACCAUCUUCAACAUCAACACCAAUAAUAUCCAGAAAAUCCAGCAUAGCCGAAUAGGUACCUACAUAUACAACCAUUUUCAGAGGAGACCUUCAUCUCAUCAUCAUCCAGUUGCAGUACCUAACUUUAUUGCACGAUCUUAUACUUACUAGAUAUAUUAUUGCGGAAAUGGCAACUUUGAAAUUUCGAUGAAACUCCCAUUUCGACAUCGGCGGCAAAGUGUUGUCUCUUAUGCUUCUUAUUUAUACUGUGUGUGUUGCUGCAACUUCAAACUUAAAUAAUUUAAGAACUAUUGCUCUCGCUGAGUUGCGAUUUAUACAGUUAGGUACGUGUAAGUGUAUAUAUUUAUCUCAAAAGAGCUACGUAAGUUUUAGAGGUACUUCGAAUACACAUUUCUCUGGUUUUUCGGUAUAAAACUUACUCAUUUAAAUUUAGGUGCUCUCCGUUUCAUUGUCUCGUCGUCGUCGUCUCUGUUGCUUUGCUCUUUCAACUUUCAACUUUUCUUCUUCCACAACAUAUAUUUGUAUUAUGCUCGUACAAACCCAACGUUUUCCAAACCAAACAAGCCGGAAUAUACGGAAAAGUACCCAGAAAAGGGAUGGAAAAAAAGCGUAACGCUUUUAAUUUUUUUCGAAAAAAAAAAGAAAAAAAUUACGCCUCGUUUUUAGAGACUCUCUUAUUACCACCAAAUUCACGCCACAAUUUUUCUCUCAUCGUUUCUAGCAACGUAGAGAAAAAGAAACUCGACGACUUAACCAUUACAGCAGCGGGCGAAUGCGAUACCACACACACAGCAGAGCGGUUGCUGCUUCGGCUACAGCUACUGCGUUUGUUUUUCGACUUGUUUUACAUGCAAAUGUAUGCAAAUUACGCGUAAAACAAAAAACCCUACUCUGUAAUACGUGUACGUAGUAAAAUGCGAUCGAAUGAACUAAUUCUUCGCGACAUAAAUCCACCUUCCCUUCAGCUACGGGUUGCCCACAUCUGCUGCAGCUGAGGCCGAACGACGGUCACUGCCUCGUAUUAUAUCCUCAUGCAGUAAACUCGCAGCUACUAUAUCCCCUCUUCUUCAUCCUUAUGUACCUACAACAACAUACUUUUCUCCCGCAUCUGUCUAACCGAUAGGCAACUUUUAAUUGGCUUCGUUUUACCACUAAAUCGUCGCUCGUUUUUCACCAAUCUGAGCUCAAUCUUUAUAUACUAAGUAAAUAACCCAAUUAUCUGCUCCAUGGAGACCGAUUCUGUUUGUAACAAAUGAAAGAAAAUCGACUCUCAAACAAUAGAAUAAACAUUUUCAUAGGGUGGUUGUUUUCUUUAAAAAAAAAAACAACGUGCGCAACUGACUGAAAUUUUGAAUAUUUAAUUUUUACUAGCCAGCGAUUCGAAUACUUAAUUUUAGAUAUUUUUUCCUCCAUCAAUAAGUAGGUAAUUAAUUCUCUUCGGAAUAUAAAAGUAAAUAUUUUCACCCCAAAAAAACUUGUUGUCAGCGCUUCCUCGAAGGUAGGUAGGAACAGGUGUGUUUCAGCGUUUGUUUCGGAGAUGAAAAUUUAUUUUUGGAAAUCUUUUGUGCGAAAUUCAGUAUAUUUUGAAGCUUUUGUAUUUUUCUCCAACGUGUAGGUUAAUGAUCGAUAAAUGUAAAUAAUUUGUAAAUAAUUCGAAAUGCUGGCUUAUUUUCAUUUUGGCUAUAAUUUUGUUUCCUCGAUAAAAAUGAAAAAUUAUGAACAACGGAGAUUUUAAGCAAAUAAUUUAAUUAAAUGGAAAAAUUAUCUUUAAGAAAAUGACUUAGCAUUAUUCUUCUAUUUUGAUAAGGAAGGUGAGCUAAAUAUGUAGACCUAGUUGUAUUGAGAACAGAAUCAAAGCUGUAGACACGCAUAUGAAAUGGCAUUUAUUAUACAUAUUGAUAUCAAGUUCCUUGUAAUAUUAUACAUAGGUAGGUAGAAUUAAGUCUAUUUCCAAAGUAAUUAUUUUAUUAUAUAUAAUGCAUUAUUUAUUUAUACUUUUUUUUUUUUUGUAUGAAACUGUGUAUUAUUAUUUGUGACUUAAGUAACAAAGAAAAAUGCUACCUGAAAGUUCAAAAUACAUUAAAUAAUGUAAAUUUGUCAUUCAUCCCUCUACCUCUUUCUUCAUUUUUUUCUUUGCGAAAUAAAUUUUUCUAAUGUGUA